GGCCCCGACUGCUGCCGGCAGCUGUUGCUUUCUCACGACGGUCCCGCCCGAGUCGGCUGUCCUGGCGGCAGCUGAGCGUCGCCGAGCGCCUCCGAGUCCUCGGAAAGCUUGGCCGAGGGACGCCCGUGACCGGCCGGACCAGCGAGUCAACAGGAAGUGAAGCUGGCGAAACAGGAAGUGGCGAACGGACAUGAAGCACGGGAAUGAGUCGCUUGAAAUAGAAAGAGCGCACGCGGUGGAAAAUUACAUCCAGAUUGUUGUGCGUCUCGAGUGCACUGUCGGAUUAAAGCCAGAAGGGGACAAAGAGGAACUUCCUUUCCCACACGCCACCCGAUGCCCCUUCAGUGGAGCGGAGGCAGCGUCUGAUUGAGCGUGGCCGUGACCCCCGCGGCCCCCCGUGACGGCGGCCAUGUCUGCGCAGAGACGGUUGGCGCUGGCCGCCCUCAGCGUGGCCUCCGUGCUCGGCGUCUACUUCCUGUCCGGGAACCUGGAGACCCCCCUGGCGCUGUCCUGGUCCCACUUGGCUCGGGGGUCUUUGUGGAGUAAGCCGCGAGAUUCUGAGCCGCGUCUCCAAGGAAACCGGACAAGCCCCGCCCCCUCACCGGCGGUACCGUGUGGCCCCACCCCCGUCGGUACUACGCUUGCGCCGGCCGGCGUCGCGCCCUCCCACAAAAACGUUUCCGGGAAGCCCACCGAGCCUCCCUUCAUCGGAGACGCUUACGCCAGUGAAGACGUCCCGCCGCAAACCGACUGCCCUGACGGCAUCCGGAACCGCAUCCCAAAGUCGGACUUCGCCGGGCUGUUCCUGAACAACGUUCCGGUGCUGCAGUGGUCCAAACACGCCACGGCCGACGAAUACCGCCGCCUGCGUCCGUUUGCGGGCGCAAAUGGCUGGGGGGGCCUCACCUUCCAAACGCUGUCGGACGCGCUGGCGGCGCUCAACCGGUCCGCCAACGCCGCCGUCUUUGACGACUGGAAGGGUCGCGCCGGAACCUCCCGCUGCAUCCGCUGCGCCGUGGUCGGGAACGGCGGCAUCCUGAGGGACUCCAAGAAGGGCGAGGAGAUCGACCGGCACCACUACGUCUUCAGGACAAACGGCGCCAUCUUGGCGGGCUUCGAGGAGGACGUGGGGGUCCGCAGCACCCACUACACCUUCUCCACCAACACGCUGAUCAACUCCAUGAGGAGCUACGCCUCCGCCGGCUACCGAGGGCCGCCGCGGUCUCAGGAAACGCGCUACGUCUUCCUGCCCGACCACGACCGCGACUACCAGAUGGUGAAGGCGGCGGCCCGGCGGACCCUCGUCGAGGGAGGACGCGAGCGAGGCAAAGAUCCGACCGCGUACUUCGGCAAGGACGUGACGGCGACCAAGCUGAAGAUGUACCAUCCCGACUUCGUCCGCUACCUCAGAAACAGGUUCCUUCCGUCCCAAACCCUGAAAACCAAACACAAGAACAUCUACCGGCCGUCGACCGGCGCCGUCAUGCUACUGGCGGCGCUGCACGCGUGCGACCGCGUCAGCGCGUACGGCUUCAUGACGCCGCAGUACAAAGAUUACUCGGACCACUACUACGACAACAAGUACCGCCCCGUGGGAUUCUUCGUCAACCACGACCUGAUGCUGGAGAUGAACCUGUGGCAGCGGCUGCACCGGGCGGGUCUCAUCACACUCUACAUGCGCUCCUGAACACUCUUGAAUGCUCUCCAACUCUCCUGAACGCUCCUUAAUAGACGCUCCCGGGUGCUCCUGAACACUUCUGAACACUCUCCAACUCUCCUGAACGCUCCCUCAUAAAUACUCCUGAACGUUCUUGAAGAGCGCACGACGCUCCUCAGUGCUCGCGAACACUCCUCAGAGCUUCGGAACGCUCCUGAACGCUGUUCAAAAGCUCCCGAAAGCUCCUUAAGGAAUUGUUCUGAGUGCCCCUGAACACCUUUGAGUAUUCCCGAACGCUCGUCAGUGCUGCCCAACUCUCUCGACCGCUCCUGAACGCACCCGAAUCAGUGCUCCUCUUGAGUGCUCCUGAACGCACCUUACCGACCGAUCCCGAGCGCUCGUGAAAAUCCCCCGAGGCUUCCCGAACGUGUUGUUAAUUUAAUAUCGGCGCAUUUGCACUAGUUUGGCAAGCACGCGAAGAGGAACGCGCGUCCGUCGUGCUGGAGGCCCCGCGUUCCGACGGAACGGCGAGCCAAAGCAAAGUUCGCUGGGCCGCUCGCCAAGUGGACCGUUGUUUUGCCGUUGCCUGCGACAGAGCCGCAAAAUUGCCUCCUGCCUUCCCACUCUUGUGGCCGUUUUCUUUUUAGACAUGUCGAAAUAAAAACCUGAUUGUUGUUUUAAACAUGCUCCCUUCAAGACAUUUUUAGUUUGAACAUGUUUCUAUUGAGAUAUGUUUGAAUUUUUGGGACAUUUUUCAACAGGUUUUCAUAAGCCUGCUUAUGUCAAACUUUCUUCUUUUUCAACAUUUCUUUUUAGACCUUUUGAAAACAUGCCCAGAAAGUUUUUAGUUUGAAUAUGUUUCUAUUGAGAUGUUUUUAUUUAGUUGUAGACUUGAGCUUCUUUUUAGACUUUUUUUUUUUCUUUAACGUCUUCAAACUAUCCAAAUAAAAACUGCUUUUUUUCGCCGUU